AUGGACAACGUCCGUGUAGAAUCGUUUGAUCUGAACGGAGUUCAAAUCAAGACAGCUGUGAUUCAUAUAGCGAAUAAGAAGAUGAUUGAUGAGCAUAUUUCGUCUCUCUUGCGCUCCGCAUAUGAGAAUAGAACCAAUGUAAUAGGGUUUGAUAUCCAGUUUCAGUUUGGCUAUAACAAUUUCAACAAAUAUAAAGGUAUUUAUGUGUCCAGUUGCGCAAAUCUGAUCUUUUGUGUUGGACAUUCGUGUCUUAUUAUUCUGCUAGAAAAUCCUUCUAAUAUUUAUAAUAACUGGCCGAGCUCCAUCUCCUUGAAAUCUGUGGUUAAUCUUCUUACUCUGCCGGAAUAUACCUUUGUUGGCGUUGGUAUCAAUCACAAUUUGGCUCAAUUGAAGCAUGAGUAUGGGAUUGGAUGCAAAAAUGCAGUUGAGCUUGGAUCGUUGGCUGCUAAUCUUAUGAAUAAACCUCGUUUGAGUUAUUGUGGCGUUGAUGAAUUAGCUUUUGUGGUCAAUAAUCUUGAUUUUAGGAAGCAUAGGCCUUUGAGCAUGGAUUUUGAUUGGGGUAGCAAUCCUCUUAGUAUAGAGCUUGUAAAACUUGCUACUGUUAAUGUUUACUCUUACUUCAAAAUUGGGAGUACAUUGCUUGGUUGGGAUGCAUCAAUCCCACCAGUGCCAAGCCUUGAUGAAUAA